UGAGCGGAGCAGCAGCACGCAUCCACCACAGAAGAAGAUGGGCCAUUGAUAAGCGAAGAAACGCCGUAGCUAUCUUGAGCUAGCAAAGUAACGUUAGCUGGAAAUAUUUAGUUGCUUAGCUCAUUUGUUGGACGUGUGUUUUGUUCUAGGUAUCGUCGAAAAUGAUCCUUACCGUGAAACCCCUUCAAGGAAAAGAAUGCAGUGUUCAGGUGACCGAAGAUGAAAAGGUCUCCACAGUGAAGGAACUUGUGUCCGACCGUCUUAACAUACCAGCAAACCAGCAGCGGUUGCUUUAUAAAGGGAAAGCGCUUGCAGAUGAACACAGACUGAGCGAUUAUUCCAUUGGGCCAGAGGCUAAAUUGAAUCUGGUCAUCCGUCCAGUGGGGGAGAGGACUGGAGGGUCGGGGACGGCUUCCAGUAGCGGCUGCAGCAGCGCCUCCUCCUCUUCCACCUCACAAGGAAGAGUGUGGCAGACUGUGUCCACUAUACUUGCUAGACACUUUAGUCCAGCAGAUGCAGCAAAAGUCCAUGAACAGCUUAUUAAGGACUAUGAACGUUCUCUUCGACAACUUAGUCUAGACGACAUUGAGCGUUUGGCGGGACGUCUGCUUCAUCCCGACGGCGAAGUCAUGGACACCUCCUACAUGGAUUAAGAGUAGCUGAUUGUCCUUUUGAGAGGCACUCAAUUCUCUGCGGUGCAUACGGUGUUUAGCGUUUGAGACAUUGAAAAAUACAAUAUCCAUUUUCUUGCAUUGAGCUGUGUGCUUAAUCAUGGGCUAAGUGAAGACCGAUGCCAGAGUCGGUUGAUUAUGUCAGCAAUAGGGCUUUCCUAUUUGUGACAAAAGGACGGAUGAUUAAACUGGGCAACUUUGAAUUUUCCACUGUCUUUGAUGACCUACGAUCUGAUCAUAUACUAUUUGCAAACAAAGGAAUUAAUUUAUGCUGUUUCACAUGAUCUCUGGCUGCUACAACUCCCAGUGGACAGCUGCAGCUACCGGAGGAUUUGUGUUUGUAAUUUCUGUGUGGGAUGGUGCGCUCUGUAAACCGUCCUUGGCAAAGUAACAUGUUUUUACUCUUUAACUGAUGGUCAUUGAAUGAUUUGUAAAUAUCAUGUUUAUAUACAUAUACAUUAAACCACAGGGGGAAAAGUGUU